CUUUCCCAAGUUUUUAUCUGUCAGCCUUUUUUGGUUUAUGAAAUUGAAUUUGUUGCAUAUGAUCGAGGUUAACAUGUAGGUUAGUCAGCAUUUAUUUUUUUAAUUUAACCGUCAAUGUUUUUUAUUUGUCUCCAUUUUCUUUAGUUAUUACGUUUUAUUCCUGGUGUGAGAGAUUGAAGUAAAUUAAUGAGCUCAGUUGCAAUAACAUUUUAAGGAUGAAAUUUCUUUUUAAGAAAAUGGAGAAACAUUAGUCAAAGGAUGUUUCUGAGCUUAAGUGGAAGAAUAAGAAGGAGGAGUUCCUAACAUGACUACUGUACCUACUGCUGAUCUAACUGAUGCGAAUACAACACAUGUAGCAAAUGGUGAUUUGAGGGUGCUGCAUCCGGUGUUCAAGGUUUAUGGUCAGGUCACGUCGUUCUCUGGUCCCAUUGUAACUGUGAAGGUGUUUGAGGACAACGUGUUGGUGAGGGGACUUCUUGAGACCAAAGGGGAAGGAAGAGUAUUGGUCGUUGAUGGAGGGGGAAGCUUGAGGUGUGCUUUGGUGGGAGGGAAUUUGGCACAGAUAGCACAUAGCAAUGGGUGGGCUGGAAUUGUGGUGAAUGGAUGCGUUAGAGAUGUGGAUGAGAUCAAUGCAUGCGGCAUUGGCGUCAGAGCCUUGGCUUCUAAUCCACUCAAAUCCAACAAAAAAGGCACUGGGGAAAAGAAUGUCCCUGUUUACGUUGGGGGAACAUUUAUUCGGGAAGGAGAAUGGUUGUAUGCAGACAAUGACGGCAUCCUCAUAUCAAGAUUUGAGUUGUCAAACUAAAAAGUUAGUUAAGUAUUGUUGCCAUUGGGAUGCUUUAUCAGAUUUGAAGUCAUGAUAAGUUUGAUUUAAUUUGUGAUGGUAAGUGGAAAUGCUGUGUGGAAAGAAUAAAACUUAAUUUGUUGCGUGAACUAA